CAUGCAGUACGUACGACUGGACUUCUGUUGUUAAAAUAUUCUGUCUCCAAUUUGUCCAUUUUUAUUUUAUUUUUUGCUUUUUGAUCACUUUUGUUGAUCACAGUUGUUAUAAUGUCUUUAAAUGUAUAUUUUAAAUUGGUAUUUGUUUUAAGUGUUUUAAUUUUAAGUGAGUUGAGUUUAAGUUUUGCGAAUCCGGUUGACAAUCUGUCUUCGACAUCUGCACCUACUGACGAUUCAAGUACAUCUCCAAGCAUCAUCCAAGAUCUGUCUUCGACAUCUGCAGCUACUGAAGUUAUAAGCACGCCUUCAAGCACUGUCCAGGAUCCAUCUUUGACAUCUGCGUCUACUGACGAUUUAAGUACAUCUCCUAGCAUUACCCAAGAUCCGUCUUUGACAUUUGGACUUACUGAUGAUUCAAGCACAUCUCCAAGCAUCACCCAAGAUCUGUCUUCGACAUCUGCAGCUACUGAAGUUAUAAGUACGCCGUCAAGCACUGUCCAUGAUCCAUCUUUGACAUCUGCGUCUACUGACGAUUUAAGUACAUCUCCUAGCAUCACCCAAGAUCUGUCUUCGACAUCUGCACCUGCUGACGAUUCAAGUACAUCUCCAAGCAUCACCCAAGAUCUGUCUUCGACAUCUGCAGCUACUGAAGUUAUAAGCACGACUUCAAGCACUGUCCAGGAUCCAUCUUUGACAUCUGUGUCUACCGACGAUUCAAGUACAUCUCCAAGCAUCACCCAAGAUCUGUCUUCGACAUCUGCACCUACUGACGAUUCAAGUACAUCUCCAAGCAUCACCCAAGAUCUGUCUUCGACAUCUGCAGUUACUGAAGUUAUAAGCACACUUCCAAGUACUGUCGAAGUUCCGUCCUCGUCAACUCUGUCUACAGUUAUACCAAUUACAUACCCAACAACCACACAAAUACCAAAUAGUCCGUCUGAAUAUUCAUUAUGUUACGAAUUUGCGCCCUUUUUUUAUCACUGUGAAACUUCAAAUGCAGUAUAUAUAAUAAAGUCGAUGCGAAAUAUGUUUCAUAAAAUAUUUUAAAUUGCUUCUAAAUGCUAUAGCCUAACAAAAUAUUAUUGUAAUCUUUAUUUAAUUGAAAUUAUUUUUAAUAUCAUCAUAAAUUCAUAUUUUAUACUAUUUGAAUUAUGUUUUUUUUCAUCCUUAAGUAUUUUUUAUAUCAUUGUUAAAUAUAUUAUUGCUAUUA